AGAAGCAACUCCUAUGUUCAGCAUAUGCAUCACCUUCCGUCUCUUACUGCAACAGCUGCUUCCAUUAAGCUAUUCUCAAAUUUCACCAGGGGAAAUUUCACCACGAAAAAUUGAGGCAAAAGCCAAUUGCUGUGUACAGAAAGGAUAUCAGGAGACUCUCCCAAGAGCACUUCAAGGACAAAGACUUGUAACCAAGCAGCUGUGAGAGUAGGAUGCUGUGGAAGUACAAAACACGUUGCUCUGUUAUGCAAACUGUCUUUGUAAGAUAAGAAAGUGCUGUCCUUCUCCUUGCAGCUGCCCGGAAGACCUGGGAGCAAUGAUGCUGACAGCCAAGAUGCAGGGUGCUACCGAAGCUUUUGAGCAAGAGCUGGUCAUCAACUAGAUAUGAACACCUUCUCCAAGGUUGUCCUUAACUGGCUUGGAGCCGCACACUGACCCAGCAGAAGGAGCCUUUUGAGACUUAGCAACUGCUCCAGAAGUGCCCCCUGUGUAAAACCCCAGGCUCUUGUACAAUGUACCAAUCCAGCUUUGUGCCACGGGAAUAUUACCCAGCCAUGAUCUCACCUUCUGCCUACACAUACCCACCUCUGCGGCCUGGGAGAGCAGAAGACAUGUCCAGAUCUGUGAUGUUCCCUCCCAUCCACAUGCACAACUUCUACAGUCGACCCAUCACCUUUGUGGUGGACCGGAACAGCUACCCUGACUUUGCAGGAGGUCAGGUGGAAUAUCAUCAUCUUUACAGUGCCUCCAAUCCCUAUAUCUAUCCAUACCACACCUGGCACUUCCCUCCCAUGGUCCCUAUCCCUCUCUACAAUCCCUAUGCAAACUACCAUCCCUAUGCUACCUGCCAGAGGUCAGAUCAGUAUCGAGAUACGUGGCCAGAAGGCUUCACAAUGAGAGGGGAGCUUCAAUGGGGGAAGCUUGGAAAGGUGUUUGGGCCAAGGAAAGACCUCCCAGAAUUUGUGAAGGAUGAUCUCCGGAGGGUUUAUGGCACCUACCCUCGGACCAAUGUUUCCAUAUCCUAUCGGAAAGGAGAGUUCUUGGUCAAGGGAGACCCCAAGAUAGAAGACCAGGAAUAUGCAGUGGAGAAAAAAGUCAUCCAGCAGGCUGUGACCCCCAGUGCCAGUGAGGCAGAUGACAGCAGUGAGGACCGGAACCGUAAGAAGAAAAAGAAACUGAGACAUUGAGGUAGUCAGAUACCCAAUGGACUGAUGCUCCAGUACCCUCAUGGGAGCCAGUUGGCAGCUGGUUUUGGUGUGGUUGGCAAAUAACACAAGCAAUGGAUGCCACCAUUCUUGUUGAUUUCUUUUAAUUGCUCCCCAUUUGCCGCAACCUUGUGGCAGAUUUACCCUUUUUGAUGCAAAAUGCCCAUCCUGUGAAGAAACCACGUGGCACUUUACUGUGGGAUCAGCUCACUGGUCCUGGUUUUGAAAUGAAUAUUUGAUUUCCACAGGUUUGGUUGACUGGUCACAGCCUGGUGGGGGAUCUCCAAACUGCAGCCCUUGAUCAGAGGAAUGGGCCUCUUCCUACCUUGUCCAGGGGAAGGGCCUGUAAGCUGGCUCUCUUUCUGGAGAGAUAAAAGCUGAAUUUCCUUCAGGCUGAGGGCAGUGCAGGUCCCAGCGGACACAGGGGUUCUUGACCACACUAAAGAACAAUUGUCUGCAUGUCUUGUCACUGCUGUUUAUGACCAUAUCAUUGUGCUUUAUCACCACAUGAGGCCUGUAUACAGCACUUCCCUACACUCUGGUGUCCCUAUCCUCUUACACUUGAUAAUGUGGUGCUCAGUACUCCUGGCCACAUGUCCUUAUUGAAGCUCCUAUUGAGGCCCUGCUCUGGGUCUGACUUGGCUCUGUUUCGAGGUGCUGGCUCCCCAGUGAGGUUACUGGAGUUGUAUGAACCACAGCACUUCCAUAGCUUGGUAGUUGUACUGGAAGAGCUGUGCUGAAGCCUGGAGGGCUGGGAGGGGCUGGGUCUGACUUACUUGCAAACUUCUGUACCUUUUAAAUGAAUAUAAAUAAUAAAAAAAAUGCAAAUGC